AUGUGGAAUCCCUACGAUGAACCUGCACUUAGAGAAACACAGCUAAAGGAGAAGGGAGUGUUCAGAUUAGACAAAGUGGACUUCUGGACUGAACCCUUCAGAGACAAUAGUGGAGAGGAGCCUUGCGGGUUCACGCGUUUGCGCAGCGCCUACACGCCAGGCUUCGGCUGGAAGAGUCCACUUCUAGCCCAAAGCGCAGGAGGCGACGUCCUAGAUGGAAUUAGACCUUCUCUUCGCAAGGCAUCCUCCCUACCGGUUCGCAGCGUCGUCUGGGCUGGGAGCGGAAGCGGAAGUGUUGGCCCGGCUGUCCCCAGCGCCAGGCCUAGGUUUUGGCCAUGGAGGUGUCUCCGUCCAGUGAUCCCGUGCUGGACGCUAAAUCCGAGGUCAGUACUGGCCCGGAAGAAAAGGGGCAGUGGGCCGUGGAGCAGGAAAAGGGCUUUCUGUAAGUUGUGUUUUCUGCUUCCGUUUCAGGUCACCAACCAGAUCUCUUAAGUAUCCUUAUGUGGCAGUGAAGCUAACAGUGGCAGAUCAUUUUGGCCAAGUGAAGACAAAGUCUUUUGAAAUGACAAUUCCACAGUUUCAGAAUUUCUACAGACAGUUCAAGGAAAUUGCUGCUGUAAUUGAAACUGUAUGAAAACCAGUUAUUUGGUUGAUACUUUCCAAUUAUUCUAAAAUAAUGCAUACCACCAUCUGAAACAAGAAUUGCAUAAGGAUCAACUGAGAUUUAUUGGAUGAAAAUUACACUUCCAGUUUUCUUUUUUUAAAAAAUAAUUAAAAAUACAGAUGAACAGGAAUUAGUGGUAAUGGAUGCGCAGCCUUGUCAAUGAACUGGAAAUGACUACAUUGAACACUGACACUGUACAUUGUGUCUAAGUUGCAUCUUAAUCAAAAUCAGAUGAAUAACACUACUGAAGCUAACACAAGUUUGUGUGUUAGAACAUACAUCUGAAGACUUACUGAUGAUGGAGUCCACUUUAUAAAUAAAAUCUUGGUAUGGAAUUCCA